AUGGAGCUCGACCCGGCCGCCCUGAUCGAGCGGCUGGCCGAGCUUGAUCGCGUCCUUGACAACCAAAGCACUGCUGCGCGGCAGUACGUCUCCCAGCGCAACCGGGCAGCGGGCGAUGCCGUGCGCGCCGAGAAGGACAUGCGCCGCCGCCGCGAUGUCGCCCGCUCGGGUGUCAGGCCAGCAGAUGCCGCCGAGAUGGCUGAGCUGUCCGCGAUCCUGCGAGACGCGCACCGCGCGACGUCGCCGCCGUGGGAGUCGCCCUCGUGGUUCAAGCUUUUCCGCCGCGUGGACGUGAAUGGGUCUGGCCUGAUCUCUUUUGACGAGUUUGCAAAGAUGGUGCGGAGCCUGCUGAAGCUUCCAACGUCCCUGCUCUCCGAGUCGCGCCUCGAGGCGCUCUGGCUCGCCCUCGACGCGGACGGCUCCGGCUUGAUCAGUAGCGGCGAGUUUGGAAAGCUCAUGCGCAUCGGAGCGCCGACGCCGGACUCUGCAUCGGCAUCAAGGCAUUUUGUGUACGGGCGCAACCGGGCAGCGGGCGAUGCCGUGCGCGCCGAGAAGGACAUGCGCCGCCGCCGCGAUGUCGCCCGCUCGGGUGUCAGGCCAGCAGAUGCCGCCGAGAUGGCUGAGCUGUCCGCGAUCCUGCGAGACGCGCACCGCGCGACGUCGCCGCCGUGGGAGUCGCCCUCGUGGUUCAAGCUUUUCCGCCGCGUGGACGUGAAUGGGUCUGGCCUGAUCUCUUUUGACGAGUUUGCAAAGAUGGUGCGGAGCCUGCUGAAGCUCCCAACGUCCCUGUUGUCCGAGUCGCGCCUCGAGGCGCUCUGGCUAGCCCUCGACGCGGAUGGCUCUGGCCUGAUUAGUAGCGGUGAGUUUGGAGCCUUCUUCAAGCUGUCGUUGCUCGAGAGCAGGAGCGAGCGCGCCAGUAUCGCCCGACUGCUGAGGUCGCGGCAUUGUGGCGGUGUGGUAGUGUGA